UGUCGUCAGCUACAGCAAACUUUAGCUUACAUAAAUGGAAUGGUCAACUCUCUUAGGAUUGGCUAGUUAUUAGAUUUUAGGUGGACAGUUUAUAACGUACAGCGCGUUAUUUUCUUGCAUAAUAUGGAGCGGUGCGGUGCAAUGGUGUCUAUUUAUUUAUUUACAACUGUUCUGAUGUGCGGUUUGUCAUGCAAUGCGUUGCCAAUACAGACUUCAACUCGACUGGAGCUAAUUCAGGCUCUUAUAAAUCAUGACGAAAACAUCCCUGGAGUACUUGAUCAAUCGCCGCCCGGGACGUUUGAAGGUGACAUGAUUCUUACCCCUAUUCAGAAGAAAGCAAUUCGGGAGGAUGUCAAUGCAAGGAAAACAGGAAAUGUUGGAAGGAAAAGGAAAAUAUUGGCAGAUACAAACGCAUAUUGGCCACAGGCUAUGGUUACCCUACGAAAUCGAUCCCACGGCCAAAUAUAUCCGUUUUCAGUCCCCGGCAAAUUUAUAUGGCACAGGAUACAGUCAGCGAUACACAUGUGGGAGUCCCAGACAUGUAUCCGGUUUAUACCAAGGUCAAGGGCUCUUAGUGAACAGCUGGGUCAUAAAGAUUACGUACUAAUCCGUCCGUGGCCGGACUCUAGGCAGGGCUGUAUAUCCAAUGUGGGAAGAAUUCGUGGAAUGCAGUCCGUCAAUAUUUCUGUCAUAUGUUCUGCGGGACGGAUCGCUCACGAACUUGGCCACACUAUAGGGUUUGUACACGAGCAGUCCCGGCCGGACCGCGACCUGUACGUACAUAUCAACUACAACAAUGUGGCCAUCAAUCAGACCGGACAGUUUGAGAAGUAUUCUAACUCCAAGGUCACUACCUAUCGACUGCCCUACGACAUCGGAUCCAUUAUGCACUAUAAAUCAACGGCAUUCUCCAAAGAUCAGCGUAUGCUCCAAACUAUCACAACCGAUGAUCCUUUGGUACAGAAAUGGAUGGGACAGCGAAAUAACAUUAGUUUCUUGGACGCAAAGCUGGCAAACCUGGCGUAUAGAUGUCACACCGGAUGCCCCGUGUCCCCGCCGUGUCAGAAUGGUGGGUAUAUUGGUCCCUCCUGUACCUGUGUGUGUCCUGUCGGUCUAACAGGGCCCUUCUGUGACACCCCUCACGUCUCUAAAGGUUGUGGGGGUAGAUUGACAGCUACGCAUGGUGUAAUACAGUCGUCCAACUACCCUGCCAGCUACAACCCUGACACGGAGUGCUCCUGGCUAAUAGAGGCCCCUGAAGAUUCCAGUAUCGACCUUCAAAUCCAGGAAUUCCAUAUCGAGGAGGACUUUGAUGAUGAGUGUAACAAUGAUUACCUGGAGAUAAAAUUGUACGGUGUUCAGCAGGUUGGACAAAAAUAUUGUGGCGAGUCGGCGAACGGUCGUAACAUUACUUACCACUCAGGCGGAAGUUUGCUGAUCCGCUUUGUCAGCGAUUUCGCCACAGAGGAAAGCGGAUUCAGAAUAAUAUAUCGCAUUGUUUGAACAUGAUGCUAUCAUGACUUCUCUUCAGGCCUUCUAAUGCAUCGGAGGUGGCAGUUAUUUUCUCCAUGAUGAGCCAGAGACAUGUAUACAAUCACAUGAUAAUUUCGACAACAUCCUAUCGAAAAUCUCAAACCCAAAUAAAAUGGCCAUAUUUUUACAUGCAGAGGAUAUAGUCAUGUCAUAUCUGUGUUUUUACUUGACCAGAUUAAACUAUGUGUUGAACGAGUAAAUUAUUUUCUAGUAUUAAAGCUUAAAACUAUUUCACUACCAUGGGCUAAACCUAUUUUACCCCACGAUCACACUUUAACUAAUUAUAUACUUUAAUUUAUAUAUCAAAGCUUCAUUUUACUACCGUAACUGUAAAUGUUUUAAUGUCAUAUUUUAAAUACCAUACCAUACCAUAACCUAACAUUAUUUAAUUUUAACCUAACUAUUUUGGAAACCAUAGUCUGAAAUAUAUUCUCUAACAAAGCCUGAAAUUGUUUUGCUGUCUUAAAUUGUGUUUUUUUUAAAUUUGAUCUGGACCAUUUGUCUUGAAGAUUAGAACAUUUAUGAAUUAAUACCUUAUUGUGUGUGUACUCGUUUGAGUGUUACAUGUAGUGUACUGUAGUAAGGAACAGUUACCAAUAUAAUAUAGAGUUUAGCCUGUUAUUUUUUAAGCUAACGGUUCUACUACUAAGUAGAUGACAUCUUGUUUUACUAUUAAACAUAACGUAUUUCUAAGGUGUAUCUUGUUAUAUGCGUGAAUAAAAUGGUUCCGGUAUCCUUUUA